AUGGGCUUGGCCCCUGUGGAUGGGAAUACGCCAAGCAAGGGCUUUGGCGCGGAGGGGGCUCAGGUUGUGUGUGGACAGGCCAUACCCAGGGACCUAAAGGUUUUAUCAAAAAACCAGGCACCCGCCGGCACCAGGAAGUACCAGGCCAAAACCAUCCCUGGUUAA